AGAGACAGGAGAAGGAGGGGAAGGAGAGACAGAAGAUGUUGAAGAAGGAAAGAAAGAGACAAGAGAAGGAGGAGAGGAAGGAAAUGGAGAGUGAGAGAAAGGAGAGAAAGGAGAGAGCAAAGCAGGCAAAGAAGGAGAGAAGGCAUCGCAAGAAGGAGAGGAAAGAAAUGGAGAAGAUGGGAUUAAGGGAGAGGAAAAGGCAAAAGAAAGAGGAGAAAGAGAGACAGAAGAAGGAAAUAAAAAGUAUGGGGAAGGAGGAGAGGGAGCAAAUGAAGAAGGAGGAAAAGGAGAGAAAGGAGAUAGAAAAGCAGGCAAAGAAGGAGAGAGAACGUCUCCAUAAGGAGAAGAGAGAAAUCUGGGAGAGGCAACAGAAAGAGCAACAGAAGAGGGAGGAGGAGAGAGAAAGUGGAGAAAGACAAGAGCAGGAGGAGGAGACUCCAAAGAUGAGCUGGCUCUCCAGACUGUACAUGUGGUUGAUCAACAGCCAGAGAACCCAAGUCGUCCGAGCCAUCAACCGGACGUACGAGACGGAGUGGUUCAUCUCGCUCAACAUAUCAGGUCACACAGUGCAGCAGCUGGUGCACAGGACGAUUCGGCAGCAGUCCAUAAGGAUUCGCCUGCUUAGGAUCUUGAGGGCAUUAGACCAGGACGAGGCAAUGGUGGAAGAGAGAGAGCAAAAGAGGAGGGCGAGACAGAUAAAAACCCGCGGAGAGGUAAAUAGAAAAAGAAAGACCAAGUCUGUUUACUCACGGGCAAAAAAAGCGUUCAGGUCACAAAAUCGUGUCCACGUGCCUGAGCAAAGGGAGGCAAAGAUCUACAAGCUGCACUAAACGGGGGUUGGCGUCAUGCAGCAUGUGGACUGAC